UCUAUGGUUCCCCCUCGCCCCUCCCGGUCGCCCCGGCAACGCCGGCCGGGCCCAGCAUGGCGUCGGCGGUGCGGGCCGGGCCGCGGCUGCGGCGGGCGGUGCGGGACGGCGAGCUGGCGGCGCUGCCCGCCGGGCUGAGGGGUGAGCUGGAGGCGGCGCUGGCGGAGGAAGGAGGGCUGGUGCCUUUCAGCGCGCUGCGGAGGCUGCACGCCGCGCUGCGGGAGGCAGGGUCUCCGCUGCACCUGCACGAGCUGCUGGAGGGGUGCGAGAUCCACCUGCCCGAGGUGCCGGUGCCGCCGCGGAACCCCGAGCUGGUGGCGCGGCUGGAGCGGAUCAAGGCCAAGCUGGCACACGAGGAGUACCAGCGGAUGACCCGCAACAUCACCGGCCAGGAGAUGAACGGGCCGUUGGCUGAAUUUGGGAGGCAAGCGUGUCCUGUCAGCUGUCAUUGUGGCCUCGGUGGUGGGCUUGGCCGAGCUCUACGUGAUGGUGCGGACCCUCGAAGGGGACCUGGGGAAGCUGUGACUGUGAACUGCAGGCUUCGUGCUGGAGGAUUUUGUUCUCCUCAGGAGCUGCUAAUUUGGGACAGAUCUUGUCCUGUCCGUACCUGUUCCUGCUGUGGGAAGACUGCUGCACUCCUCAGGCUCGUCUUUUGCUUCCUGCUCCUGAAAUGAAUCAUGGGUUGGAAAUCCCAGAGCUGCAGAACGGGAGAGGGAAUGGCUUUGGACUGACCACCCCCGCAGGGAGAGGGGCAUCAGCUCCUGCCAUCCCUGUUCUGGGAAAUUCCUGUCCUUUAUUCUGGGAAUAAAUAACACUGUGUGUU